AAAGUUAAUUUGUAUACUACAGUUUUUGUCUUUUGCAAAAAACUGUAUUUUAAACAUGUCCUUAGAAAAUACGCAAGCAGAACCAAUUCAACCAGAUUCCGCCGAAACUGAAAUACGAUAUGAUACCACAGAAAAUCCAACGGAAUCUGAAUCUGUUGACGUUGUAGCUUCAGAAGCCGCAGAAAUUCAAGAAAAUACAUUACAACUUGAUCAGGUCCAGUCAGAAGACGGUAUAAAGGAUGACGCUGAAGUUCAAGAACACCUUCAAAUAGACCAGAAAGAGAAUGAAGAAACUUCUGAUGAAAAUAUCGUAGAAAAACAAGAUGCUGAAGAAGUAAAGGAAGAAAAUGAAGGAUCUACGGAAGAAACAAGAGACGAAACGACUUCAGGAGAUUUUGAACCAACAGCACCAACCUCAACGGGCCUUGCAGAAAUGUAUCUUAAAUUAAUAGAACAAGAACAAGAAGAAGGAGAAGAAGAAGAAGAGGAAGAUGAGGUGGGGCUAAAAGUAACAUUGGAAAAAACGGAAAGGAAAAAAUCCAAGGUGUUUAGACGAAGUACACUCUCCAGCCUUCAAUUAGAAACUCGAGGGCCGACUAUUAGCGGCGACUUUCUGCCUUUGGGAGCAAGUAGGUCAACGUUAGAGACAGUUUCUGUCAUUUCAUCAGUGGACAGGAAACUAGAUGACCAAGAAGACAAAGAAGAUAGAACGAAGGAAGAAGAAGAUACAGAAAAAAAAGAUGAAGAACCUUCGAUUUUUAUGGAAUAUACUAGAGAAGAAUGUUACGAAAUGUAUAACAACCUCCACGAACAAUACCACGAGGAAAAACUGAAAAAUAACUUUCUACUUAAAAAAUUAGUAAAUUAUUACACACACAAAAAAAUGUUUCAUGUGGUAAAAGAAGGUAAACUAAAACCUGACGCUUUGACGAAAUACAAGAAACAGUUGGAUGAUUUUGAACAACUGACAACUGACAGACUGUUAGAACACAUGGACAUAGAGCAAGAGGUGAACAAUCUGAAAGCAAAACUUCUUCAAAAAGAAAACGAAGCACAAGCUCGCUUCGAAAAUUUGCAGCGCAAGGAGUACGAGGUAGGAAAAGAAAUAGUAGAUUCAGCCAACCAUGACGAAAGACUUAUUGAUCGUUAUUUGAAACGUCAAAAGAUUCAGCUGAAUAUCCUCAAAAAGACUCGUCUAGGUUACAUAAAAAUCCGCAAUAAAGUAACGAAGAUACAGGAAUCGUUGGAUUCUCUUGACAACCUCGGGCCUAAUCUCCGUCUUGUGGAUUAUGAGCAGUUAAAGCACGACAACAAAAAUCUUAUGGAUAAACUUGACGAAAAAGAUCUGGAGCUUACUAGAGUGAGAAGCAAGUGUCAGCAUACGGCUCAAGCCUUGGCUCAUCGAAGAGAAAAAGUGUCUGCGUUGGAAGCAGACCUAGACGAUAUGAAAGAGACGCUAGAGCGGCUUACUGGAGAACGAGAAGAUGUCAGGCAACAACUAAAUGAACUUAAACAGAAUAGAGACUUAUACCGGUUUGGUAUUGAAAACAUUAAAAAGAAUGCGGGUAUACUUUCCCAACCGAAGCUGUGGCGAAAUAUGUGUGAGACACUCAAACUAAGCGUAUCUCUAGCAAAUGAAUUAGAAGAAAUUAAAAGUGAAUGUAAAGUGUUAAACGGAAAGGUUGAGAGAAUAAGAAAAAACAUGAGUUCAGUCGAGAGAAUGAAGAAGAUUGAAUACAAAAUGAAAAUGGGCGAGAGUCCACCUAGUUCCGAUAUGUUUUUGGACACUUUUAGUUUUAGUACAUCGAAUAGUAACCUAAACUGAACACUGGUGAAUAAGGACAAGAAUGUUUUGGUUUAGCUGAUGAAUUUUACACAUCAGAAAAAACACAGAACUGUAGUUCAUAUUUUGGAAAAAUGUACAUAGUAUUAUUUUUUAUUUAUAUGUAAAGC